AAGACCACGGUGCCUGCUCCUCGUCGUGUGAACACGUCACGGUCAGGACUGCGGCCGCCCAACAUGUCCCACCGGCACUCGGACAGCUCGCUGGAGGACAAGCUGCUGGAAAGCCGCUUCCACUCCGAGCUGCGGCUGGAUGCCCAGGGGAACCCCGAGUCCGGGCUCCCCUUGGUCCGGGGGCCCCUGCAGGGCAGGAGCAAUGCCGUCUUCCAGCAUGACACCCCGGAACCCCAGCCUUCGCCCCCCGAGGACAGGGGGCCGCGGACUGUCAUCCUGAGCACGCAGAGCCCCGUGGCCCUCAAGAAGGGCACCGAGCAGCUGAUCCCCCGGAGCCUGGCCGUGUCCAGCAAGACCAAGACCCCGGCCCGCCACCAGAGCUUCGGGGCAGCCGUGCUCACCAAGGAGGCCGCCCGGCGGGACCCCCGGCUCCUCGCGGCCCCCAGCUUCUCCCUGGACGACAUGGACGUGGGCCCGGGGGGGACGCUGACGCGGAACCUGAGAAGCCAGUCUUACCGAGCGGCCAUGAAGGGCCUGGGGGUGCAGGGUGGCGAGGUGGCCCCCGUUCAUCUCAGCCCCAAGCUCCACGCUCUGGCCGAGGAGUCCACCCAGCCUCCAGCUCGGAAUGCGGCCAAAAAUAAGAAGAUACUGAGCCGGAAACGCGCACACAAGGGCUCCUUCAAGGACGACCCCCGGUUCUAUCAGGAGAUCCGGGAGCGGGGCCUGAACACCAGCCAGGAGUCUGACGACGACUUGCUGGACGAGCCCGAGGGAACACGGAAGGUGGACACCCCCAUCGUGGUCAAGAACUACCGGGCCCCCCAGGUCACCUGGAGCCAGCUCCCGGAGGUGGUGGAGUCGGGCAUCCUGGACACACUGCCCGCCGAGGAGCGCAAAAGGCAGGAGGCCAUUUUCGAGAUCCUCACGUCCGAGUUCUCCUACCAGCACAGCCUGGGCAUCCUGGUGGCCGAGUUCCUGCAGUCCCGGGAGCUGCGGGCCACUAUGACCCAGACGGAGCACCACCACCUCUUCUCCAACAUCCUGGACGUGCAGAGCGCCAGUCAGAAGUUCUUUGAGGACCUGGAGCGGCGGCACAAGGCGCAGGUGUGCGUGGAGGACAUCAGUGACAUCCUGGAGGAGCACGCUGAGAGGCACUUCCACCCCUACGUGGCCUACUGCUCCAACGAGGUGUACCAGCAGCGUGCCCUGCAGAAGCUGACCAGCAGCAACGCCGCCUUCCGAGAUGUCCUCCGGGAGAUCGAGAAGCGGCCGGCGUGCGGCGGCCUCCCCAUGAUCUCCUUCCUGAUUCUGCCCAUGCAGAGGGUGACCCGGCUGCCCCUCCUGACCGACACGCUCUGCCUCAAGACCCAGGGCCACCCCGAGAGGUACAAGGCUGCCAGCCGCGCGCUGAAGGCCAUCAGCAAGCUGGUGAAGCAGUGCAACGAGGGGGCCCACAAGAUGGAGCGCACGGAGCAGCUGUACACGCUGCACACGCAGCUGGACUUCAGCAAGGUCAAGUCCCUCCCGCUGAUCUCUGCCUCCCGCUGGCUGCUGAAGCGCGGGGAGCUCUUUGUGGCGGAAGAGCCCGGGCUUUUCCGGAAGCUCGCCAGCCGGCCCACCUGGCACCUGUUCCUGUUCAACGACGUCCUGGUGGUCACCAGGAAGAAGAGUGAGGACAGCUUUGUGGUCCAGGACUAUGCCCAGGUGGACCACAUCCAGGUGCAGAAGGUGGAGGCCACGGAGCCCUCUCUGCCGGGGGGCAACCGCAGCUCGUCCGUGCCACACCCCUUCCAGGUGACCCUGCUGCACAACAGCGAGGGCCGUGAGGAGAGCUUCCUGCUGUCCUCCGACUCCGCGAGUGACCGGGCCCGGUGGAUCACGGCGCUGACGCACAGGGAGCAGCAGGGGCGCGGCCCCAGGAACAAGGGAGACCUGCCCCAGGUGGAGACCGUCAAGGCCUACUUCGCCAAGCAGGCGGACGAACUCUCACUGCAGCAGGCGGACGUGGUCCUGGUGCUGCAGCAGGAGGACGGAUGGUUCUAUGGCGAGAGGCUGCGGGAUGGAGAGACGGGUUGGUUUCCUGAGGACUUUGCCCGGUGCAUCACCAACCGCGUGGCCGUGGAGGGCAACGUGCGCAGGAUGGAGCGUCUGCGGGUGGAGACAGACGUGUAGCUCGUUCUGCUGGGACCUCGCCAGGCAGCUGCUGUGCCAGGCUUCAGGGGGCACAGUGGGCUUGUCCCAGGAGCCCGAACCAUCCCGGACCUGCCCACGGACCCGUGGGCUGCAGCAGGGGCUCUGGACAAGCUUGGGGAGCCAGCCUGGGCC